GUAAGUGUCAAGUUGUGGCUAAUCUUUUGUAUAGGAUUGUAAAAAAGUUUUAAUAAACAAAAUUUUAAUCUCCAGUCAAAUUUAUUAUCCUAUGUACACUACCAAUAUUAAGAUUAAUAUUAGGAUUGUUUGAAAAUGGAUUAUCAACGAAUUCUGGAAAAAUUUAGCCAAUUAUGUCGCUUUUGUUUGUCAGAAAUCGACUGCGUACAAAUAUUUUGCAAGGAAGGUAAUCUUAACCAGCAGCUCAACAAAUCGGUGGACGUACUGCUAGCCAAAGUGGAUGAAAACGACGGAUUUCCGAACAACAUUUGCAGAAAUUGUAUAAGCUGCAUCGAGAAUUUUGUAGAUUUUGAAGCAAUAUGCACGCGUUCCUACCGGUUGUUGAUUCUGGCAACAAAACAACGAUGCGCGGAGUUCACAUUCAAUAGUCAUGAACCAGAAACUGCCAUCGUGGAAACAGACAUCGAAUGUUUAGAUGAAGAAGAACAAACAACAAUAAACGAUGAAACAUCGAAAAACAUUAAUGGAUCAGAGUUGGAUUUCGUCGCGGAGGAUGGAGAGUUAAGUGAAAGUACGGAUUCCGAACAGAAGCAAUUGAUAACGGCUGCUAUAGAAAUACAGCCUAGCGGAUUCGUGUUUAGAGGCAGCAGAAAAAUACCUCUUGUCGAAUGCAUUUACUGCAAAAACGUUUAUCGGGGGAAAAAUACUCUCAAAAAACACCUCCGCAUUCAUUUAAACAUAAAAGAUUAUCAUUGUGAACAUUGUUCUCGUAGCUUUACUGAUCGCAGUUCUCUGCGAAUACACGAAGGGCGUCAUUUAGGUAAAUCUUUCGUUUGUUCCUCAUGUGAUAAGUCUUACUUUAGUAAAAACGAGCUUCGACAACAUUUAACAAUGCAGCAUCUAGAAAGGCGUCAUGCGUGUGAUAUAUGCCAACGAAAAUUUCCAUCCAGAACUAUUUUGAAUGACCAUAAACGUGUUCAUAUGCCAGAACGGCCUUUUGUUUGCAAACAAUGUGGAGUUGGAUUUAAGAGAAACCGUAAUUUGAUUAGGCACCAACAGUUACAUCAAAAGCAUAAUAAGGAUGAUAAAAAAUGCCAAACUAUGUGAAAUACUCAAUUCUUCAACUUGAUUUAUGUUUCCGAAGUGAUUUUUUAUUAAUCUAAUAAAACUGUUU